AUGCUUGGCGGUUCCUUCUGUGGCGCUCUCGUUUCCGGUUUUCUUUCCGACAGGAUGGGUCGCAAGUACAGUAUCCAGGUUGGAGCCCUGGUCUGGUGUCUGGGCUCCGUCUCUAUCGGUGUCGCGAAAAGUAUCCCCUUCCUUGUUCUGGGUCGUUUCAUCAACGGCUUCGCGGUCAGGAUCUGCUCAGCCCAAGUCCCCGUUUAUAUCUCCGAGAUUGCUCGUGCCAACUUGCGUGGCCGUCUUGUUGGUUGCCAGCAAUGGGCUAUCACCUGGGGUAUCAUGAUUAUGUUCUACAUUUCGUUCGGGUGUUCUCAUAUGAAGGGAACUGUUUCCUUCAGAGUCCCAUGGGGAUUACAGGCUGUUCCAGGUGUUAUCCUAUUCAUUGGGCUGUUAUUCCUGCCGAGAUCGCCUAGAUGGCUUGCGAGGAAGGACCGCUGGGAAGAGGCUGAGAACACCUUGGCUUUACUGCACGGAAAUGGGGAUGUUAACGACCCAUACGUAAAGCAAGAGAUGGAGGACAUCAGGGCUAUGGUCGAGUUUGAAAGGCGGAAUACCGAUGCCACAUUCUUCGAAUUGUUCAAGCCCCGUGUCAUCAACCGCACCCAUAUCGGCAUCUUUACGCAAAUCUGGUCCCAGCUGACUGGAAUGAAUGUCAUGAUGUAUUACAUUACCUACGUCUUUGCGAUGGCCGGGCUGAGUGGAAACAACCUUCUCCUCUCCUCCUCUAUCCAGUAUGUCAUUAACGUAUUAAUGACCGUCCCUGCUCUCCUCUGGAUGGACCGCUGGGGCCGUCGUAAAACACUACUUAUCGGUUCAAGUCUCAUGAUGACCUGGCUCUUCGCCAAUGGCACUCUCAUGGCAUCCUAUGACCAUCCUGCCCCAGAAGGUGGAGUCGGCGGUAUCAAAGCAGUGUCCUGGGAAGUUGGCGGGCCCCCAUCCAAAGCGAUCAUCGCGUGUAGUUAUCUAUUCGUUGCGUCUUUCGCUAUCACAUGGGGCCCUACCUCCUGGACCUACCCUCCAGAACUCUUCCCUCUCCGCAUUCGCGGAAAGGCUGUGGCCCUUUGCACAUCUGCUAAUUGGAUUUUUAACUUUGCUUUGGGUUACUUCGUCCCGCCGGCCUUCGAGCACAUCAGAUGGAAGGUGUAUAUCCUGUUCGGGCUAUUCUGCGCGAUGAUGACUGUCCAUGUAUUUUUCUGCUUCCCUGAAACGGCUGGGAAGGGCUUGGAGGAAAUUGAGUCGAUGUUCCAAGAGGGGCUCCCUGCCUGGAAAACACGUGUUGCUAUGGAGCCUACCCCUGCGAGGCUGCAUGGGCUUGACAACCCCGAAAAACCGCCAUAUGAGCAAGAGGGAGUGUGA